UUAGACUGUCAAAACUUCGCGAGACUAAGAUGAAAGGAAUUUGGCUCACACUUCUUACUAACACUGAGCUCUCAGGAGGGAUCGAAAUUAGCCGCAUUCGAAAUUUGGUAAUGGGCUCGCAGCGUUUCGCCGACUACAUUAAGGGUAUCCGUUCAGUUUUUUUGUGGUAUCACAAAGGACAAAUCCUUAAUGUCCAAGUGUGUCCCUUGCCUGGGGCAACCACUUUAACCAAACCCAACCUAACCUGUACUUAUUUGAGCUAUGAAAUAGUUGGUCACAUUAGUCAUACCCAAACUAUGAAGAUUACAUAAACAAAACGACCUUCGCCGUCCAACAAUUUUGUUAACCUGCGAAGUUGUUUCGAAGACCCCUACCGUACAUUCCUAUUUUCCAUUAUUUACCGAACUCUGUUAGUAAUUUAUUUUUUCUAAAGAAAUGCAGAAAUAUUCCUACAAAUCUUUUAUCGUUGCUGACAUUUCAGUUCAAGUUUCAAAUUUAUGUGAGCUAAGUUUUUGAUUAAUUUUUAUUUUGCAUUAUAUAUAUAUAUACAAAUAUUUAGCCUGUUGUCAGAGUAACAAACAAACAAACCAACGUGGCGCAACUCGUUUUUUCGCCAUUACAGGGGAAAGUUAUUCUAUAGCAACAUUUGUACGUGUUAAUUUCUUGAUAAGCACGAAAUGUCAACAAAAGAUUACUUAAAUCGUAUUUUAACACUUUUUCUGGAUGAUUGCAAAGAUCACGAUUUGGAGGUGAAUCCAAAUUUUGCAUAUUUUUACGUGCAUUUGUUGGCAAGAGAUGCGCGACUCGGUUUCGACAGGCCGGAUCCGAAACCUUGCAAAAUUCUGCAAAUUCGAGAAAAUAUAUUUCGAUUAUAUAAAAAUCAAAAUGAUCCAACAAUGUGUAAUCUAAAAAUGAAGUUUCACUUUCGAAAUUUUCGCGAAUUGAAAAUUGAGAAUAUGAAAGAAAUUUAUCAGGAAAACUUCCAGAAAAAACUGCAUAGCCUCAUUAAAGGUAUACUACAAUAUCCGGAAACGAGCAGUGACAAGCAACUUGAUGAAAUGUUAUACAAAAUACAAGUCUUCAUUAUUGCUUGUUACAAUAUUGGUGAUCCGAAGAAUCACGUGCUCUUGAAACAGACGCGGCAGAGUCUUAAAAGCGUACUUAGCCGCGGGGAUUUGCAUGAUUUCGUAUUGAAGAAACGUUACCAUCGUUUGGAAUAUCUACAGCGUUUAACUGCUACUGUUUGCGGUAUACUCAUUUAUAAUAACUGUGAUCCGAAUGGGGAGCGGGAAAAUAUGCGAGAUAUCCUAAAGGAUAUUCAAAUGGCAAAAACAAACACCAGAGAAUCCCUUGAAGCAGCUCUAGAAGACAUUGCUCAAUAUAUAGAAACUGGCAUGGAAGCUAUCGGUGAGCUUAUCGAAGUGGACACAAAAGCGAAGAAAGUGCAUUGCAAGUGGCCCAUAGAAAAAGUGCGGGAAAUUAAUAAAUAUGUCGCCUUGUUCAGUACCUAUGAAAAACUGCUGAAGAAAAUAGUCGUCUCUUUCGACAAAACAGAGUAUCUUGUAAGCAUUGAUCAAAAGAAAAUGGACUGCAUAGUGGAGAAGAUAAAUGAUGUUCUAAAAUAUCGCACGGCAAUCGAAUCUGAGUUGGUCUUUCCACAUUUCAAAUACCUUACAGAACUUUGGACCUCCUUGCAAUUAUCACUUAGCCAUUUGGCUGAACUGAAUAAGCUUAAAGAUUUAUUUGACGAGUGCUUAACUGAGGAAGUUAAGGCAAACUUUUUAAAUCUUUUGGAAAUAACCGAAGUGCGGCGACAAAUCAUCAAAAAAGCAAUUGUACCCACUUUCGAUGACUUAAUGGAACGCACCAACAAGGCAAAUCCUGCGAUGACGUCGCUGCAAAACGUGGUAUGUAUCGCGCGCAUUCGUUACAUAUCAUUUUUUAAAUCAUUUUUUAAAUUAUCACAAUUUAACUUACAGACAGAUAAUUUUCAAAAUUAUUGCGCGCUAACAAUCGCACUAACAAACGGUUUACUACUGCCCGCAGCUCUACAAAAGAAGCUUUGUGAAGACUCGAAAUUUCGCUUCGGUUUUGCUAAUAUUGAAUUCGCAAAGUAUGCCGAGCGUUAUUUCGAAGAUUUCAUAAAAAUAGUAAAAACGGCCAUCUACACUUCUGUUGAUCUCAUUUUGCUUUUUGGCUUGGUUGAUGAACUUUUGGAAACUGACUUUGCUGCCGAAAGUAAAAAGCGUAAUGGCAAGUUAGCAGAAAGUGGCACACAAACCGAAAUGGUAGUUGUCAACGAUCUAACACCCGCAAAUCAUAUUAAUGUUACCUGGAAUAAAUGGGACUUUCAUCGUGAAACUAUACAUUUGGCCUAUAUACGCAAGCUGCAGACACGUUCACAACAGACUGCACUCUCGUUUGGCACAAUGAAUGCGCAAAACGAGUGCCUACCGUUCGGACAUAGAGCAUCGUAGAGUAGCUUUAUUGUGGAUAGUUUUCAAUUUAAAAAUCU